AAUAUGUUACGGGCCAAGACUAUUUUAGGGCUUGUCUAGAUGCCUCCUCAUAUCCCCAGCCUAGUGUUUAGCAUAUCAGCUGAGACCAGUAGCCUUGUUCUGUAUUAAAACCCUGUAACAUGGAUGAGCCCAGUAAAUACGAAGGGUCCUGGAAGCCAAGGCUGGGAGUGCUUCCUCUGCAGCCUUCUCUGUCGCACUUGCUUUGUAGCCUCAUGGCUGCAACCUGUGAGAUUAGCAACGUUUUCAGCAACUACUUCAGUGCUAUGUACAGCUCCGAGGACCCCAGCUUGGCCUCUGCUCCCCCUGCUGCCACCUUUGGGGCUGAUGACUUGGUGCUAACCCUGAGCAACCCACAGAUGUCGCUGGAGGGGACAGAGAAGGCCAGCUGGUUGGGGGAGCAGCCCCAGUUCUGGUCGAAGGCCCAGGUUCUGGACUGGAUCAGCUACCAAGUGGAGAAGAACAAAUACGAUGCCAGCUCCAUUGACUUCUCUCGGUGUGACAUGGACGGGGCCACCCUCUGCAACUGUGCCCUUGACGAGCUGCGUCUGGUCUUUGGGCCUCUGGGGGACCACCUCCAUGCCCAGCUGCGGGACCUCACUUCCAGCUCUUCUGACGAACUCAGCUGGAUCAUUGAGCUGCUGGAGAAGGACGGCAUGGCUUUCCAGGACACCCUAGGAGACCCYGGCCCCUUUGAUCAGGGAAGCCCCUUCACCCAGGAGCUGCUGGAAGACGCCCACCAGGCCAGCCCCUACUACGCAGGCAGCUAUGGCGCAGGAGCCCCCUCCCCUGGCAGCUCUGACGUCUCCACCGCAGGGACCGGUACUUCCCAGAGCCUCCAUUCCUCAGACUCCGGUGGAAGUGACGUGGACCUGGACCCCACUGACAGCAAGCUCUUCCCCAGAGAUGGAUUUCCUGACUAUAAGAAGGGGGAAAGCAAGCACGGAAAGCGGAAACGGGGCCGCCCACGGAAGCUGAGCAAGGAGUACUGGGAGUGCCUGGAGGGCAAGAAGAGCAAGCACGCCCCCAGAGGCACCCACCUGUGGGAGUUCAUCCGGGACAUCCUCAUCCACCCUGAGCUCAACGAAGGCCUCAUGAAGUGGGAGAACCGGCACGAGGGUGUCUUCAAGUUUCUGCGCUCUGAGGCCGUGGCCCAACUGUGGGGCCAAAAGAAAAAAAACAGCAACAUGACCUAUGAGAAGCUUAGCCGGGCCAUGAGGUACUACUACAAACGAGAGAUCCUGGAACGGGUGGAUGGCCGCCGACUGGUCUACAAGUUUGGCAAAAACUCCAGUGGCUGGAAGGAAGAAGAGGUGGUUCAGAGUCGGAACUGAGGAGCUGAACUAGACCAGGACCAAACUCAUGGACUUGGACUGAGGCCUGCAGCCCUCCUGGAGGCCAGGCAGGCUUGGAAGCCCCUCCAUUUGGAUGUGCUCCCUGCAGGGCUGUGGAGAAGCCGAAGUCUGGUGUGUGGUCAGGCCUGUCCUGGAGCGGGGCCUGCAGCCUCUCCUCUCUCCUCCUUCUGGAAUUAUAAGCCCUGGGGUUUGAAGCGACUUGCUCGCUGACUCUACAGCUGCUGGUUGGCUGCUUCCAAUCCCAACGCUGCUGCCGAUGACACCUUCCCUGGCAGAUGCUUAGACUCAGCCAUGGAGACUGUUGGGGAGCCCUGGGACAGAGGGGACAGGCAGUGUCCUCCAGCCCCUCCUUUCUGGACUGGCUUCCACCUCUCUGCUCAGUGCUUGGGCUCCACGGCGGGGGGUCAGAGCAUCCCUAAUUUAUGUGUUAUAAAUACGUCAGAUGUACAUAGAGAUCUAUUUUUUCUAAGGCAUUCCCCUCCCCCCUCCUCUCUCACUGAGCACUUGUGGCCAGACUUGUCACCCUGCCUGGCCAGUGAGAGGAGGGCUGCAGCCAGACCCCUCAAGACGGGGGUCCUGGCUCCUAU